AUUGUGCAUCACUGAUAAUGCUUUGUAGUUUGGAACGAAUCUGAUCCAGAAAAGAAAGCAACUCUCGUUCGACAGAUUCGAGAAGCUUGCCAGAGACAUGGAUUCUUCCAGCUGGUCAACCAUGGCAUUCCCCUCGGGAUCCAACAGAAUGUUCUCGAGCAGGCCCGAGACCUUUUCAGUCUCCCAGCCGAGGUGAAAGAGAAAUACAGCAUGGACAUCGGCACGCCGAACCUGGGGUACGAACGCCUUCGCGCACAGAACUUCGAAAAACGAGGACCCGGCGAUUUGAAAGAAGGGUUUUAUUUGUGCCGAGAGCUCGCCCCGAACCAUCUCGCCGUGAAGGCUGGGAAGUUCUCGCAAGGUGAAAACAAAUAUCCGGCCGAAAUCAGAGAUCCAACGCGGUUUCGCGCUGUGGUCAAUGACUACCACACCCUCAUGACCUACCUGUCUUGGGAGAUCUUCCGCAUACUAGCAUUGACCUUGGAUCUGAGAGAGGAUUGGUUCGAUGAAUUCUGCCGCGAAUCGGCGACCAUUCUGCGGUUGUUGCGCUACCCGCCGCAGGAAACAGAGGAGUCGAGUUUGGAGCGAGGCAUCGGCGCACAUACGGAUUUCGGCGGUCUCACUAUCCUAUUGCAGGACGAUAAAGGCGGGCUUCAGGUCUGGGACCGCGAGGGAUCUCGAUGGGCGGAUGUCGUCCCUAUUCCCGGCGCGUUGGUGGUCAACCUGGGGAACAUGAUGAUGCGCUGGACCAACGAUCGAUAUAUAUCCAACCUCCACCGCGUGAUCAACAGAAGUGGCGAGGAGCGAUACAGUGCGCCGUUCUUCUUUUCGGGCAAUCCGGACUUUCUGGUGGAAUGCAUCCCGAGUUGCAAGGGGCAGGCGGAGGCGGCCAAAUACCCUCCCAUCACGGUGCAGGAGUGGAUGUUGGCGCGGUAUGCAGACACGUACGGGAAUUCGCAGCAGGCCGAAGCUAUGGCGGAGCUAUCCAGGGAUACAGAGGAUGCGAUCGUUGUUGAUCGGAAUAUAGACUGAGCCUUAUUUUGCGGGCAUUGGGAGCAAGCGUGUGAGAGGUGCACGUGGAUGCUGGUUCAGCUUCAACAUGUGAGAGUGGAUCUCCCGGCGUUUCGUUUGUGGCCUCAGGUUAGUCACUUGGAAAUUGGGUCCCAGUCCCAAUUUCAAGGCCAUUUUGAUAAGCAUGUAACUGAACUUCUUUGUAGUAGAACAGCCUGUGAUUGUCUGGUAUCCGACCGGAGCCUUCGGCUCGCCUGGCAGUAACAUGGUGCCGUGAUCUGAUUCUCAA